CAAUCAAGUCAAACUCCAAGCAAGUUAAUGCAAUUAUGGAUGGUGAUUGAUGGGCAAAGAUACUCUUUGGUGUGUGAGCUCAACUACAUUGUUUUGUAAAUGUACUACACUGCUACACGGACGGGUUAACCCCAUAAAUGUGGCCAAUUACUGGACUACCUCCAGAGCACUGUGAAUCUCCAACAGAUCAGCUUCAGAUCUUAGAUGUACUCAGCGUUGCAGUGACAUUGCAGCUAGUGCACUAUGGCCAACAUUAUGAUAUGCAACUUGCAGAAAAUUGUUCUGUAUGAAACCAAAGCACGAUUUUACGUGAUUGGAUCAAACAACACCGAGGAUAUAUUCAGAGUGUUGAAGAUUGACAGAACAGAGCCUCUUGAGCUGCAUAUCAGUGAUGACAAGCUUGAGUACAGUCGCACUGAAGUUCAGAAUCUCUUGCGGACUUUGGAGGUCGGCAACCGGCCCAAGCAACAAGGACAGAAGGGCACUGCUGGACUAGCUCGGACUGUGUCUGCCUUUGGCAUACUGGGGUUUGUCCGCUUCCUGGAAGGAUACUACAUCAUACUUAUCACAAAACGAAGAAGAGUGGCCAUAAUAGGAGGUCAUACCAUCUACAAGAUAGAGGAUUCCAGCAUGGUUUACAUUCCUAAUGAUGCUUGUGUAGCUGCGAAGGUGCCACACCCCGAUGAGGCAAAGUAUGUCCGAAACUUUCAAAAUGUGGACUUGUCAAGUAACUUCUACUUCAGUUACAGCUAUGAUCUGACUAACACACUUCAGCACAAUCUCACACCAGUUAUUGGUGUGCCAGACAAUAUGGACUCACCGCUUAGUCCAAGAGUUUACCGACCUCAGCCAGUGAUGAAGUAUGUGUGGAAUGCCUUCUUAUGGGACCAGGCUUGCAAGGACGUGCACCCUGAUUGGGUGGCUUACAUCAUACAUGGCUUCAUUGGUCAAGUCAAUAUUUGCACCUUUGGUCGGUCUACCUACAUUGCUUUGAUCGCUAGGAGGUCCAAUCAGUUUGCCGGCACAAGAUUCCUGAAGAGAGGAGCCAACUCGGAGGGAUAUGUUGCCAAUGAGGUGGAGACUGAACAGAUUGUUCAAGAUGCAUCGCUGACACAAUUCAAGCGAGGGCGCUAUACAUCCUUUGUUCAAGUCCGUGGCUCAGUGCCAGGGAUGUGGUCUCAGGAUAUCUCCAACAUGGUGCCAAAACCGCCAAUCAACUUGGACAUGGCUGAUCCUUAUGCCCGGUUUGCUGGCGGUCAUUUCAAUCAGAUGCUAGGACGAUACGGAUCACCAGUCAUUGUCAUCAACCUUGUCAAGAAACGGGAGAAGCGUAAGCGAGAAGCCAUCUUGAGUGAGGAGCUGGUGUCGGCCAUCAAGUACCUGAAUCAGUUCUUGCCUCCUAGGCACUCCAUACAAUACAUUGCCUUGGACAUGGCAAGAUACACUAAGAACCCUAACCUGAAUGUGAUCAAGAGGCUGGAUACUAUCGCUGAUAUGGUCGUCAGACAGACUGGGAUAUUCCUGAGUGGACCUCACAUGGAACCAAGCCUACCAGUCAGACCGCAAGCAAGGUGUGUCUACCCGAAUGCUGAUGAUUCCUUCACAUUUAUCAAGCAGAUCGGCACUGCUAGAACCAAUUGUGUAGACUGCUUAGAUCGCACGAAUACUGCUCAGUUUGUCAUCGGCAAAUAUGCACUGGGCCAUCAGCUCUUCUGUCUUGGUGUAUUGGACAGCCCAACCGUUGAAUUUGACACUGAUGCUGUCAGGAUGUUGGAAGAUUUGUAUGAGGAUAUGGGAGAUACCUUGGCUCUACAGUAUGGUGGUUCACAGCUGGUUCACAGCAUCCGUACCUACCGUAAACUAUCACCGUGGACCAGUCACUCACGGGAUAUUAAACAGACCUUGUCUCGUUACUAUAGCAAUACAUUCUCAGAUGCAGACAAGCAGAGUGCCUUGAAUCUCUUCCUGGGUGUGUAUCAACCGCACUGGAGGGGGCCCAGUCUCUGGGAUCUGCCCACGGAUUACUACCUCCAUCACAGUGAAGCUGCAGGACAGGUCAUGAACAGGCCCAGUUGCACUCAGUGGUUUGACAUUAAGAUCACCCAGGCCCUCCCGCUCCCCUACAAUGAAGUGGAAAAGUCCAUUAGUCAGCAGGACCAGUCCCUCAUUGUACAGUCCACCCCUGCUCUUGAAUGCACCGAUCCAUACUUUGACUACUACCGGCCGUGUGAACUGACUUCACUUCAGGAACUAUUCUGCAGUAACAUGCCUCACUCGAUCAGGGAUUUCAUGCCAAAGACGGCCCAAAACUACAGCCCAUUCUCAGUGCGUGUUAGCCAGUCCAAAACAAAAGAGGAACUAGACAGCAGCGCUGACCAGAAAUCUGCAGCUCGCAUCAUCACUGAGCGACUCAUCGCUGCUGGCUCUCCUAAGACAAACAGUGACUUGCCAUCCUCCUCAGAAGGAACUAGUAGCAGUGAUGAAGAACCAUCCGAGCCAAGAUCUGUGGCUAUUGCCGGGGGAAAAUCACGCAAACAGGAGGUCCAAAUGAAGGAUUUAUUUCCAACCACUAAGGAUGUAUAUGGAGUGGCCAUCCAGAACCCAGAAAGACACGACAUCUCCAUCUAUCAAAGGUUUGUGUCCGUCGACCUCAACUCCAGAAGCAGUUGUCCUGAUGUGCAUUCUGUCAGUGGUAGGACUAAACGCUGCAUGAAGAGAGCUACAAGACUCAUACCAAACAGUGUCUUCUCAUUGGACAGUUCUUAUGAGGUCACGCCCCCCACGCUCAGUCGAUCAUCUCGAGCCGUCUAUGAAGCUUAUGUACUCAGGGGAAUGGUGGGAGCCCAACCAGUCUUUGCUAAGAAUCGAGAAGUCUACAAAAAAUUUGUCAAGUUCAGAAAUAUGUAAUAUGGGAAGAUAUUGUGUAGCUACCCUUAUAUUGUUACUAGACACAUCUUACUAACAGUAACACACUUUUUCAACCUUAUGUAUCGUAUGCCAAUCUAUACAUUAGCUCACAAAUCGUACUGCAGGCAUAGCACUCAUUAUGGGUCAUUUUAUAAAUUUUGGGUAAACUCUUUGGACCAUAAAAGAAGUGUAAGCUGAAACUCCAUCACAGAAGAAAUCUUGCUUAUCAUACAUUAUCAUACAUUUUGCCAGUGUAUUUACAAAAAUGUAUUUGAUUUCUUUGGCAAGACUCUUCUGUAGGAAACUGAAUACUGUAUUAGAUAUAUCUAAACUAAGACUAUAAAAGCUGGGUUUUAUUUUAACGGAAACUGAAUGAGUAGAAAACAUAAGCCAAGAUGGCUGAACUGGGUUGUGUAGCACAUGUGUUCAUGAACUGUCCAAACUAUUGAGGGCACUCUUCAAUCUGACUCUUCAGCCAAGCUCACUGGAACAUCUUCCUCCCCGAUGACGCCUUUGUCGUCAUCUUCAUAUCUUUCAGCUGGGUACAGGACUGCAACCUUGGUAAUGGGUCCGAAUUUACCAUCCAGGGUCUUGACUUUGAUGUUCCUUACAUGUCUGUCCGGUCCAGGAAACACGUUGAUCGCUCUACCGAUGCGCCAUUUGCCCCUGAAUGCAUUAGGAUCUGUGACUGUAACAAUGUCGUUAUUUGGACAUUACACCUCUCAGCCUUCCAUUUUCUGCAUGCUACCGAGAUUGGGGAACGUCACGGUUCCAACGUCUUCAGAAUGAAUCCUUUAUCCUCGGGACAAACUCUACUUGUGUCCUUGGGUCCUUCGUCUCUUGGAACAGGUCUUGAGGAACUUCUGUCGAUGCUCGUCCAAGAAGGAUGUCAUUAGCACACAUUUUUUACUUGCCAUCGUCGGGUUCAUUUGGAAUCCUUCCUAUUUGCUGCUGAUUAACCAGGUCGGCUACCUCUAGAAGGACCAUGUACAGUUCAAAAGGCUUGCGGACCUGGGCAGACUUGCAGGUUUUCACUAGUGCUUCUGCACAGCCAUUCUGAUGCCAUUCCAUCUGUUGUUCAGCGUAGAACUGACGCAGUACGUCCUUGUCCCAUCCUCUCACCAUUUCCCUGAGUUCUCUUCAGCUCCUGUAAGUUGUGUCCCGGUGUUCUGAUUAUCUUGGACGGGAAUCCCCUUACAGCAAAGAAUCUUCUUAGCACUUGCAGAAACUCCAUGGUGGUGCAGUCUACAGCUAGUUCCAGGUGUACGGCUCUGGUAUUCAAACAAGUGACUAUCACUCCAUAAUGCUGCGUUGUCUUGUUGCGUCCUUCUUUGAUGUUGUACAGGUCAAAGUAAUCACAUGAUGUGUAGUGAAACGGUGGCGUGUACGGUGCCAGUCGGUGAGCAGUUAGGUCAGCCAUAAGUUGUGUCUCUGUCUGGUGGUCUCUUCUUCGGCAAGGUACAUGUACUUCACUGUUUUGGCAAGCUUGUGGGCUUUGAGUAUUCAGUACUUGCUUCUGAUUUUUGCAACGAUUUUUGCAAGGAUAAUAGCUACAACUUGGUGGAGAGACAUGGUGGUUAUUCAGUAGUAGGACUGGAUGUUUUUGCAUUUACUCUGCCUCCUACUCUAAGCACUCCAUCAGUAUCCGUAAAUAGACUUAGUGCCUUGAAUUCUCCAUUGGCGAGAUGGUCAUAUAGGCUCUUACGGGUUUUGAUUAUCCAGUAUUUUUCUGCCUCUUCAAGUUCUGCUGGUGACAGUAGACCAUCAUUGGCUAACACACCAUCUUGUCAUUUGGCACCCAUAUUCCAAACGAAUCUCAUGGUGUAGGCAGUUACUCUGUUAAGUUUUCUCCAAGAAGAAAACUUGCUGCAUUCAAUGGCAUCUGAGGUCAUCUGUGUGAUGAAGACAUUCUGCGUCUUACAAUUCUCCUUUUCCGUCUCGAUUUUGUCCUCAAUGCAAGCAUGUUGUGGCCAUUCUUGUUUUGGUAGGUACAGGAAAUCUGGUCCAUGUUGCCAUCGCUUGGUCAGUUGCUUGACAGAUGAUAUGCCAUGAGAAACAUUGUCGGCCAUGUUAAACUCUCCUGGGAUGUGUCUCUACUGUGAUGGGUCUGAAGUACUCUGAAUUUCUCCAGCUCUAGUGGACACAAAAGGGCUUAAAUCCCCUUGCUUGGCUACGGAUCCAUGCUAAUGCAAUCAUGCAGUCAGUCCUUUCUAUCUGAAGUCUUGUCUCAUCAUUAAUAGUCUUGUACAGCCCACGGGUGGCUACUACUGCCGCUUGUAAUUCAAGUCGGGUAUAGUCAGCUUUUUCAAUGGCGCCACUCGUGAUUUAGCUGUGAAGAAUCUGAUGUCAAAUAUACCAUCACUUUAAAAGCUGCCAUCGGAUAUGUGCAGAGGCUCCAAAUGCUUCCUCAGACGCAUCAGAAAAGAUGCAUAGUGUGCGACAACCAAUAGUAUUUGUUGGGGUGAGGCAUCUGCUGAAGCUCGCAUUCAGUUCAUCCAUUGCUUGGAACAGCUUGACCCACUCAUUUUGCACUGACAGUGGUAGGUCAUGUUGCCAUAGGUGUUGCAUGCCAAUCUUGGCACGAAUCAGGAAAGCAGCUGCGAAUCCGAUUCGAUAAAAAAUACGGGCAACUUGGCUCAGCAUUCUCCUCGUUAGCUUCAGUCUUGCGAUAUGCAGUCAUUGAGAAGGAAGAAUUAGCCAUAACCUGGGCUUGUGAGAAAUUCUCUGACUUCAUACUGGGGCUACACUUCACCCUCGAGACAGAUCACAAACCACUGACAGUUGUCAGCCAGUCUGUAUAGAUCUUGUAUGAAAACAUCAAUUGGCUCGCCAGACAUUUGUUUACGUUUGUUAAAACGAGCUCUCUCCACAAUCACAUUUCUUCUGCCUUCAUAAUGUUCAUUCAGGGCCUUUUUGACUUGCUGCAUGAUCAUACGUUA